UUUUCAUAUAUACGAUACAAGAGACAGAGUUAGGAGUGUUUGGUGUGUGUGAGAGCAAAAUCAAAAUGUGGGCAAGCGCAGAAGGUGGUGCUCCGGAGGUUACUCUGGAAACUUCCAUGGGUUCUUUCACCGUUGAGCUGUACUACAAGCAUGCGCCGAGGACUUGUAGGAACUUCAUUGAACUGUCUCGCCGAGGUUACUACGACAACGUUAAAUUCCACAGGAUCAUCAAGGACUUCAUAGUACAAGGUGGGGAUCCCACUGGAACAGGAAGGGGAGGAGAAUCCAUAUAUGGUGCAAAGUUUGAAGAUGAGAUAAAACGAGAGUUGAAGCACACUGGAGCUGGAAUCUUAUCCAUGGCAAAUGCUGGCCCAAAUACCAAUGGUAGUCAGUUCUUUAUUACUCUGGCACCAUGCCCCUCUCUCGAUGGAAAACACACAAUAUUUGGAAGAGUGUGUAGGGGGAUGGAAAUUAUCAAAAGACUUGGCAGCGUCCAAACAGAUAACAACGACAGGCCCAUCCAUGACGUUAAGAUACUACGUACCUCAGUCAAGGAUUAGUAGUGGACCAAACAAAACAUAAAGGCAUUCGGCAUUGCUAUGACGAAGAAUGUCAAGACUUGGCUUCGUGAUUAAUCUUCAGAACUGUCAGUUGUAUUUUUAUUUACCAAUCACUGAUACAGGGAAAACAAUGUAUGUUUUUCAUUACUAUUUUUUUUACAUGUAGUGUUGAACUAUUUAUUACAGGGAAAGGAACUUCAAUUUUGUGUAGUUAGCGAUGGUGCAAUUUUAUUCAUGAAAACAACGUAGAGAAGAGGUUCUGGCAAUUGAGAAUA